AUGAGGGGAAGAGAGGGACAGAGAAAAUCUGGUGGUUUUGGGAAACCAGGUGGUUUGGGCGAAUGCGUUGUCGAGUUGAGAGUGGCGCAAAAGGCCCAACACUUGGUGGUGUCUCAGUUUAGUCACAGGAUUGCAGACAGUCCGUACAAUAUCAUGUCAGAUAAGCUUUGUGGGGCCGACGAGAAACCCUCUGUGGGGCUGACGGCGCUUCUCACUUUACUAAUUUGA